UAUGCAGCUUUUCUUAUCAAAAAAGCGCCGUGGUUUUGUGAUUGCAGUUUAUUAUCAAAAACUUUUUGCGUUUUCCCUCAAUAAAUCAAACACGAACCGGCAAGUUUGUGUUAUCAAUUGCAUUGGUGAUAUUUGGAAUAAGAUUUACGGAAAUCAAAGAGCUAGGCCACCAUGAGCCGUCUGUUUAGUACUGGUUCGAUUCUCGGCGCGGGUGGAAGCUCCAAAAUGGCUAGCAACUUCCGGAAAGUGACACACUGCAUCUUCGACAUGGAUGGGCUGCUGCUGGACACGGAGAAAAUCUACGAGAGAAUCCUCGGCGAUCUGAUCAAAUCGUACAACUCGACCUACCCAUGGGCAACCCGCAUGAAGGUCUUGGGUACGACGGAACAGAGAACCGUAUCGAUCAUAGUAAACGAUCUGAAGCUGUCCUGUACAGUGGAUGAGUUCUUGAAAAAGUUUCGCCAGAAACAGCUAGUGGAACUCGGCGGUGCUCCUCUUAUGAGAGGCGCGGAAAAACUGAUCCGACAUCUGCACGAGAACAACAUUCCCAUUGCGGUGGCUACGAGUUCCGGAGCCGAUUCCGUAGAAGUUAAAACUAAAAACCACCAAGAUAUCUUCAACCUCUUCCACCACAAAGUUAUGGGAUCGUCGGACGCCGAAGUAAAGGAGGGCAAACCGGCUCCGGACAUUUUCCUAGUAGCCGCCUCCCGCUUCCCCGACAAACCCAACCCAGAUCAGUGCCUUGUCUUCGAGGAUGCACCCAAUGGAGUGACGGCCGGUGUGGCCGCCGGCAUGCAGGUGGUUAUGGUUCCCGAUCCGCACAUCGAAGAAGAUCGACGGAAACAAGCUACGGUGGUGCUCGAAUCGUUGGAACAUUUCAAACCGGAAAUGUUUGGACUUCCUGCCUUCAAAUAGUUUCGGCCCCCAGCUAUUACCUCUUCGUUUGCCGGUAUUCUACUCUUACAGUCACACACACCUAAAUCGCUCCCCUCCGCUAGAAAAGCUUUAUCCGUUUCCGUCAUUGGGCGUGAGCAAGUUUACGACAGUCCGGUCCCGGAUGUUGGGGAUGAACGAGCAAAACAGAGAGAAAGGGACAAAGAUGAAGAACUAUGCACGUGGUCGCUGCGUGUUUUAAGGUAGGCACAGAAUCUAUUGCUAUUUUUCGUACAAAUACCUUGCUGCUAAUGAGAAUAUAGAUUUAAUGUAUUUUAAGUA